AACGCGCAUGCGCAGUUUCCAUAGCGACAUUAGAAGCGAAAAACAGUGAUGAUUCCACCAAACGCGUCUCUUGUUAAAUAUGAUAACCCUGUCCUUGUCAGUAGAAAUACUGACAAGAAGACGCCUAAAGCUAGAGCUCUGAAAGUUAGUCCCGGUCAGACACAAGCUGCUGGCCCUGUCCCCAGCCCUCCUCCAAAAUCUAAAGGAGGCGACUCGAAAAGUAAUAGGGAAACUGAGGAAAUAUUAAAUUCAAUUUUACCACCAAGAGAAUGGACUGAAGGUGGUCAACUAUGGGUUCAACAAGUUUCCAGCACUCCUGCAACCAGGUUAGAUGUAGUAAAUCUCCAAGAAGAGCUGGAUAAAAGACUCCAGCAAAGACAAGCUAGAGAAACUGGUAUUUGCCCUGUAAGAAGAGAACUUUACAGCCAAUGUUUCGAUGAACUGAUUAGAGAAGUCACAAUAAAUUGUGCAGAAAGAGGUUUAAUCCUUCUACGAGUUCGCGAUGAAAUCAGAAUGACCAUAGCAGCUUAUCAAACGCUUUAUGAAUCAAGUGUCGCUUUUGGAAUGAGAAAAGCUCUGCAAUCCGAACAAGGAAAGAGCGAUAUGGAGAGAAGAAUUGCAGAAUUGGAAACAGAUAAACGUGAGCUUGAAAGACAAGUUAAUGAUCUUAAAGCAAAAUGCGAACAAAUCGAAAAGCGAGCUGCUGAACAAAGAUCAGUUGAGGAAAAGAAACAUUCAGAAGAGAUAAACUUCCUGAAAAGAACCAAUCAACAAUUAAAAACCCAAUUGGAAGGUAUUAUCGCUCCUAAGAAAUAG